AUGUUUCAGGUUUAUCAGAAGCUAAAAGAUCUAAGGAAAGAGUUGAGACCUCUAAAUAGAAGAGUGUUUAGUGAUAUCACUUCUAAAGUAAAUAAUGCCAAAAGUUUACUUGAGAAGUUGCAAUCAAAUUUAAUUAAAGAUCCCUUUAAUGAACAUCUGCAUGAAGAGGAGAGAGCAGUCAGUAUUCAUCUCUUUAAGUUGAUGUCUAGGGAAGAAAGCAUUUUGAGACAAAAAUCCAGAGCCAAUUGGAUUAAGUUGGGGGAUCUUAAUUCCAAAUUCUUUCAUAAGAGUUUGCUGCAAAGACAGGCUAGGAAAAAGAUCAAUAUAAUAAAGGAUGAAAUUAUCAGGCAUUUUGAGGCUUUCAUUGGUACAAGAUCUAAUAAUUGGAACCAUGUUGAUUCAUUGUUACUUAUGGAGGGUAUAGUUCUUGAUGAUUCAGAUAGAGCUGAGCUUGCUAAAGAGGUUUCCCCAAAAGAAGUUAAAGCUGUUAUUUUCUCCAUUAAUGAAGAUAAGACUCCUGGGCCUGAUGGAUACACCAGUGCGUUUUCAAGAAAGCCCGAAGUACUUAUGCUCAGACAAGCUAAUUCUGCAGUCAUCACUUUAAUCCCUAAAGUGAAUUGCCCCGAGUCUAUUGGGGAUUAUGGACCAAUAGCUUGUGUUAUAUGCAUUGUGGACAAUAUCCUUCUAGCUAAUAAAGUGGUGAGAAAUUAUCAUAGAGGGAAAGGCAAUAGCUGUGCAAUAAAAGUUGAUAUUCAGAAAGCUUAUAACUUUUUGGAGUGGGAUUUUAUAGAAGAAGUCCUGAUAGGUGGAGAAGGCCUUAGACAAGGUGAUCAUGUUUCUCCCUUACUGUUUGUUUUGUGCAUGGAAUAUUUUUCCAGGUUAAUGAAGAGGAAUACUAAAGCAGGUUCUGGAUUUAGCUUACACAAGAGCUGCAAGUCCAUCAAUUUAAAUCACCUGUGUUUUGUUGACGGUAUGUUCAUCUUCAGCAAUGGAGAUAGCAAGUCAAUCCAAAUUGUUAAAGACUCCCUCAUCACCUUCUCAAAAGUCUCUAGCUUAUCCCCAAAUCAUCAGAAGAGUACAAUCUUGUUUAAUGGUGUAUCUCUGCAUGUAAAGAAUGAAAUUCUGAGAAUUAUUGGGUUUCAAGAGGGUUGCUUCCCAGUUAAAUACUUGGGGCUGCCUUUGAUCACCACUAGACUUACUAAGGAUCACUGUGAGAGCCUUAUUCAGAGGAUUACAAGCAGAGUGAACUCCUGGUCUUCCAAAAGCCUUUCCUAUGUUGGGAGACUCCAGCUCAUCAAUUCAGUCCUGCUGAGCAUGCAAGUGUACUGGUGUUGA